AUGGGAAAGCCAGCAGUCCCCCUUUCAGCGGACCUCCCUCCGCUGAUAAUGGGCACCGCAACGUUCAAUUCUCAAUACAACCCCGACCCGUACGCCCUCCCCACCACCGCUCUAGUCCACCGUGCCCUAGAUGCAGGUAUCCGAGCCUUCGACACCUCGCCCUACUAUGGGCCAGCCGAAGAGCUUCUCGGGCGGGCUUUGUCUACGCCUUUUGUCCGCGACAACUAUCCCCGACAUACAUAUCGGUUACUCACAAAGGUCGGGCGCGUUGCAGCCUCUUCGUUUGAUUACUCGCCGUCCUGGAUCAGGCGGAGUCUGGCACGCAGCUUGUCCCGUCUCGACACCCCAUACGUUGACGUGGUAUACUGUCAUGACGUAGAAUUCGUUUCUGCAGAGGAAGUCCUUGUCGCUGUUAGGGAAUUACGCCGGAUCCGUGAUACACAAGGAACCGUGAAAUACGUGGGGAUAUCCGGCUACCCCGUCGAUGUUCUAUGCGAGCUUGCAGAAAAGAUACUUAUGGAGACUGGUGAGCCGCUCGAUGCGGUGAUGUCCUACGCAAACUUUACUGUGCAAAAUACAAAGUUAGCGUCUGAGGGACUUCCUCGCCUUGUCGCUGCAGGAGUAGACGUGGUGCCCAAUGCAUCUCCGUUGGGAAUGGGGCUGCUGAGACGGGACGGUGUGCCGGUUGGAAGUAUGGGUGACUUUCAUCCUGCGCCAGCCGGAUUGCGGAGUGCGAUUAGAGACGCAAGCCGGUGGGUGGAAGGGCAGGGUGAGAAAAUUGAAGAGAUUUCAAUACGCUAUGCGCUUGAAGAGUGGCUACGAGUUGGCUCGGCGGUAGGAACAGCGGAAGAGCCGUUGGCCUCGUUGUCGAAUAGCAAUUCUGACCAUGUAGCAACGCAUGCUACCGGGCGCAAGCUCGGUGUUAGCGUCAUGGGCGUGAGUACCGUCGAGGAACUUGACGAAACCAUUCGCGUCUGGCGAGGUAUCAUCGACGGUCUCGAAAAGGUCGUUGACAUCGAGGUUUCCGAGAAAGCUUUGGAUAAACACACGGAUUCUGUAUCUCUCAAAAUCACUAGUUCCCACGAUGAUGCUGCAGCCAACAGUUCACAUACGGCCCUUGCCGUUUGUGACGGUGCAUCGAGUCAUGAGUUGUCCCAUAUUCGACGCCAGCAAAUCCUCUCACUCGCCGCUGACAUCCGAAAGAUUUUAGGCUCUGAGUGGGUUGAUUACACGUGGUCCAGUCCCGAAAAGGGGUUCGUGAACGAACCUCCUCCUGUAGGCUAUGAUAAAGAUAUCAAUCACGCCCUUUGA